AUGUUUUUUUAGAAAGCUGACAUAUUCGCUUCAAUCUUCUAGUUUAAUAUAGGGGGAAAAUAAAAAAGCAAAAAAACAAAUUUUGGUGGCUUGUUAUCUAUUUUAGUGGUAGGAAUCAUUUUAGCUUAUUUUAUAUAUUUAGUAAAAUAAUAUUUGAGUAAUUAAAUUCAACCAAAGUACAGAUCUUAGAGUUUUGUGACUCAGGAAGAUAUUGACGUGGAUUUAAAUGAUGAACUGGUAGCUUUUAGAUAUGAACAUUUAGUGAAUGUCAGCUUAGACACUCUGUAAUAAUAACAAAACAAAACAUAUUUGGUAUUUAUACCUUUUUUUGAGUAUGUAAAUUAUACAACUGUGAAUAUAGUACCUUUAAAUAUGAAAGAAUGCACAAACCCAUAACUAAAAGGUUAUCAUUGUUUAGAUGUCUCUUAAUUAUCUAACAAAACUUUAUCUCUGAAAAAUAUGAAUACAAUUUUUACUAGAAUUAAUAUUUUAGUUUAUAGAUGCCAAGAUUAAGAUUAUGCAAAAACUACUAUUCCAGAUAAUUGUGCAAGCUCUAAGGAAAUUGAAGAUAUAUUAAAUAGCCCUUAUGCUGCACUUAAAUUUAAGUUUUAUACAUCACAGUAUAAUUUAACUUCUCAAAAGAUUUAAGUAAAUUACAGAAGUGUUAACUUUCAUUUAACAAGUUCACAAGUCACUCAAAGUUAUAUAAAGGCUUAAAAAUAAACAACUUCAGUAUUUUAAGGUUUUUUUAUUUAAGACAAGACAUCUUUUUCUUCUCCUAUUUAAUAUGAUGUGCUAAAUACAAAUUUCGAUAGAUCUUAAGUUAUUAAAAGCAAAGGCACCACAUUGCUAUUAAUAGCUACACUACUAUUAGAUGAGAUAGAGGAAUAUAUUUAAAUUUAAUAUUUUACUUUUGCAGAAAUCUUAGCUAUGUGUAACAGUAUAUUGGCUGUUUUACUGUGGGUUGGACUCAUAGCAAAGAACUAUUCUUCUUACCUAAUAAAUUAAGAAUUUUUAUUACUUUUCUUGUAGAAUCUAUAUUAAGGGACAUAUCAAAAUAUCUUGAUAAAAAGUAAGCUGCUUAAAGAUGAGUAAGAAAGUAGCUUAUUUAAUUAACAACAAAUUUAAAAAGAAAAUGCCUAAACAGAAACAGAUAAAGUUCAAGAUGAAUGUGAAAAUGAAGAUGUUGAAAAUAAUUUGCCUAUUGCUGUUCCAAAUUUAGAUAGCUGCUAUUCAGAUUCAUCAAAAUUAUUUUAAAUGCUUAAACUCAAACCUAAUUUAAAUUAAAAUUCCUCUUCAGAAUUUUAACUUUAAAAAAUUAACUAAAUAUUGAGUAUCUCUAAUCCUACUUCUCCAUAAUAAAUAAAUUAAAAAAGUGAUUAUUUUAGAGAAAAAGAACAAUUUGAGAUUAAUUCUUCUAUUUAGAAUAAUUUUUUCCCCAAAAAUGAUUUUUAAUAUGGUUUUCAUGAAGGAGUUUUAAAUAAAAACAAAACUUUUAAUAAAUCUAACUUUAAUUUUUCUCAGGAUUAAAUGAUUUAAGCAUAAAAAAAAAAUUAAUCUUAGAUUGACAAUAAGCUUCAACUAAAUAGUUAAUAAAAUGUUAAUGAUUUUAAAUUGAAAACAGAAUAAGUAGCAAUUUAGUAAAAUAAUUUUAAAGGAAUUUUAGCUUAAUCAAUUCCUAACAAAAUGAAUAAAAUUAUAAAAGGUGUAAAUUGCUUAAGAAGAGAUUAACUUUUGACAUCUAAAUAUAUGGAAAAAGAAGUUAAAAAUGAAAUUGAAGAAUAAAUUGUCAAAGGGACUGAUAUAUUUUAGCACCUAAAAGAUAUUUUAUUCUUAAAGAAAGCCAUAAUGAUCCUUUUAACCAAAGAACAAUUAGCUAUGAUUUAAUUUGUGGGAUUUUCAUCAAAUAAGAACAGCAACUUAGGGUAUUUUGAAGAACAAUUUAAAAUAUAUAAUUCAGAGGAUUUAUAAAUAAAAUUAAUAAACAAAUUUAAAUUGAAGUGUUAGCUAAAUGAGUCCCUCAGUACAGUUGAUUAAAGAAUUAAAUCUUCUUUAAGUGUCAAUUUAAAUAUUUGA